UGUAAUUGGAAUUCUUUUUCCAUAUGGCUUACUGCAAAGAGUGUCAUCAUUCUGAAUGCUUUAAAGGCAACAUCACUUCCAAAAUCAAGAGUUGGCUCUACAUAUGGCCAUACAUAUGACACCACACUAUAUUAAACACAAUAAAAAUUAAUUUAGUUGAUUUGUUUGGCAGGAUAUGGAAAUUAAGUAUAAAUUUCAAUUCAUUGUAAAACAACAUAAAGUCAAUAUUUGUAAUACAGUUCAAUAAGGUUUCAUCAGGCUUUUUGAUCAACCAAAUUAAAAAGCAAAGGAAACCAACCAACCACACUCAAGGGUCACUGUGCAUUCUCCAAGGCAGUUUCUUCUCUUUCUUUGUUUGGUACUUUUAUUUUAUAUAAAUUCAACCAGGAGCAGAUUUUCAGAUAAAACCAAUAUUGGAAAGUGUGGCAAACAGAGAGAGGGACUAAACCAAAAUUCAAAAUGAUGUAGAGAGAAUGAGAAAUUCUACACUGGAGCAAAUGUAGCCACCUAUUGGACUGCUUACAUAUAUGGGCCCAGAUAUUGAAAUGUAUUUAGGUUCCUAACAGCUACUGAUUUCAGUGCGAGUUAGGAGCCUAAAUACCUUUGAGGAUCUUGUCCAUGUAAUUACCGCACAUACCUGGUCAGCCACAGAUUAUGUGAUAUGCUACAGUCACAUCGAUGUCAUAAUAGUGCUUGCAUAAUCUGAACUGGCUAUCCUGGCCAUGACAGACUGAAAGGCCAGCUGCCUAUCAGUAUGGGAGCUUUUUGGAGAAAGAACUGGAGGAAGUGUUGAGGAAAGAUUAAAACAUGAAUAAAUUUGUGAGUGAGCAGGAGGUAACCGACAGAGAUGUUUAUAAUGAGGUUGUUUCCCUCUUGGCACAUAUGGAUGACCAAGAUAAGGACAAAAGUGCUCUCAGGAUUGCCUUUAUAGCUGAGACCAAGCUGGCUAUCGUUGUUACCGUUCUGCUAGAGAAACUGCAACAGGAUGAGCAAAACAGAGUAGACAUUUACUGUGUCCUGGAGAAGGUAUUACAGCAGGACACCGGGGACCUGGAGAGAGGGCUACUGAACAAAACAAUAACCCUAGCCUUAAACCACAUGAGAGAGACUCAGGAAGCAACAAAUGAAGUAAAAGUGGCAGCUAGCAACACGUUAGUGACUCUGGCAAGCUGCUAUUUUGAUCAUGUCAUGUCUGAGCUGCUCUGUCAUCUGAAACCACCGAAGCUGCCUGAAGAGUUUAUUUUUGUUACGUUGGGCAACCUGUCAUCAGCCUAUGCACUUAAGUGUAUCCCUGUUGUGAGAAUAACCCUGAACGCCAUGUUCUCCGUGUUGGAGUUUGUCAAUGACAGCAGGAUGAGACAAGCAUUUUGUGGUGUUCUGGAAAAAUGGUCAAGGGCAGUAAAGCUCUUUUUGACUAACUGGGAAAAGUGCUCAUUCCCCAGAGUGGGCAAAUUGCGACUCUGCAAUCAUUUUUUUCCCAUCUAUUCUCAUGUGACCAGCAACUGGCUGACCUGUGAGGAGCUGGAGCUCAAGCAGGCUAUCAUCAAAGCCCUUGGUCCCAUGAUGAGCCUCCUGCUACACAAAGAGGAGUAUCAGGAUCAGAUAUUUGAACCAAUCUCAUGGCUCCUUGAGCAAUAUAAGGAGGACGCUCAUGUUUUUCACAUCACCAAGAGUCUGAGCCAGCUCUUGGAGGUCUCUGGUGAAUAUAAGAUCCCUCUCCCUAAAGGGAAGUUUCAAGCCAUCUGCAGUGCUCUGCACAACCAGAUCUGUUCUCAAGCUAAGCCGCUCAGCACGGAAAAUCACGCAGAGUUGGUCCAUUGUAUAAUUCUGCUAGCCCGUUCUUCUCCGGAGGAUCUGAUAGCAUUUCUGCACUCCCAGCUGACGAUUAAGAGUGAGGCUGUUUGUGUGAUGUCUUUGAAUCUGCUCAGAGCUAUUGUUGAUGCUGACUUGCCCAAAACAGGAGAUAAAAAGUGUCUGAUUGUGAAGGCAGUGAAAUCCACUCUGGGUGAUCAGAAUGCUACGGUGAGGAAGGCAGUUCUUCAUUUCAUCAGGAGGCUGCUCAGCUCAGAAAGUGUGGAGAAUUGUGCAGCAUGGGAUAUGGUAGCACAUGUUUUCAUGGAGUUCAGUGUGUCCACCAGCAAACCGGUGUUAUGGCCAAGGCUUCUAGAAUAUGUGGUGCCAGCUCAGUACACUGGUACUUUGAAGCCUCUCUGCAGAUGCCUUAGGGAACUGGCUGAGAAAAAGCAGCAGGAAGGAGAAGAAGCUGCUUGCCUCGACUACGGUGGAUCAGUGAAACUCCCUACACCCCAGGGGCUGCUGGCACGACUCCUGGUAGUAGCCUCAUCCCCUUAUGCAGGAGAAGGACACGGAUGUGCUGCCUUGCAAUUACUGAAGGCCCUGCACCAAAAUAUCCAUGCAGCAGUGGGUGAGAUGUGGGUAGUAAAGAUCCCAUCUCUGCUGCAGUACAUUGAAGGAAACACAGAGAAUUCCCUGGACCAUGCACGGUGGGAGCACAUGCUGCUUCAGUUCCUAAGAACAUCUCUGGAGAUGAUAGACGACAGUGCCUGGAGCAGGCAGAUAAGCCUUGAGUUGAGCCAGCAGAUGGCCAGCUAUACCAGCCCCUCCCAUGAGAAGAGUUUCCUGUAUAAGGCCUUAGGAACGUCCUUAGCAGUUUGUCAGGACCUGGUCCACGUUAAAUCACAGCUUCAUAAAUUUUUGACAAGAGCAGAUUAUAUGGAAGUCCCUGAGAGACAGGGAGUCAUUUCCAUUCUCGCAUUGUCUGCUGAGAGCCACUUGGACCUCACCCUGAACGUACUUCAGGAGUUUGGGGCUGCAAUGAGCAAGGUUAAGAUUUCUGGGUUCAUCAGCCGCCUGAAGGACUACCACCAUGGGAAAAGAGGCAAGACUCGCAGCACCCUGAUGCUGACCUACAGCAGUGUGGCUGUCCAUGCUCCAAAAGACCAGUUUCUCUCUCGAGUAGAGGCAGACAUCACAGGGAACAUCCUUCUGCAUUACAGAGCCAGUUGUCAGGUACUGGGCAUCACUGUUGCGAACAAGGACAUGGACCUAAAAUUAACCCUCAUCCACAAUGUCAUGGAGAUUAGCUGUGCCCUCUUGGAGACCAGAGACUCCCAGGAGUUCGAAUUCUCUUACAAACUGGAGCUCCUUGGCUACAUGCUGGACUUCAUUAAAAAGGAACCACUGCAUUCCCUGGCAUCUCCAGUUCGCUACAUGGCAAUUCUUGCCAUUGGACAUCUGAGCAAACUCAAACCAUCUCUGACCUUGGAGGAAAACCGUGAGCUUCUUGAUCAGUGCUUCAAAAGCUUAUUUCCCCUUCCUCCCUUGGAGAUGAUGAAAAAGGAAGGCGAGACAGCAAAGGAUGCUCUGCUUAUACAAUCACUCUACGUGAGGUCCUUGGAAGCCCUUGGCAAGCUAAUGGAGACUUUGCUGGAGGAAGAACCAACCGCAGACUGGUUCCAGGAAAUGUUUGAACUCCUAGCGACAUGGUUCAGUUCAGGGAAGGAGUGGGAGAGAGAAAGGACCUUGCAGGCUAGCACUCAGCUGCUGACUGCCUAUCAAGAGACAGUUCAUAGCACAACUCAGGAAACUUUUAAUCAGUUUGGAUCUCUGAUUGGACGAAUAGCACCAUACAGCUGUGAUUCACUGGCCAUGUCCCGUCAGUGGGUGGUUGACUGUAUCAGCUGCCUUCUCAGUAUGCAAGGCCAGCCCAUGAACCUGGGGUCAGCGGAGGAGGAGCUGAAUUGUCUCCGUGAAGAACUAACAACAGCUCCAGACCCUGAGGCUCUGUUUCAGGCAUCUUCCAAAAUGGCCAGGGUUGUUAGUGAGUAUUUCCCUUCCAAACAGGCCACAGACUUUAUUGAGGCCACAAUGGAUAGUAUGCUGUCUGCUAGCCCCACCUGUGCCACGGCAGCUGGACUAUGGCUGAAGAUCAUCCUACAGGAGUGUGGAGAUGCCAUGCUGGAUGAGGUGCCAACUAUCCUGGAUAUAAUAUAUAGCCACAUGUCUAAUAUCCAGGAGGGCAGCUUGAGGCGGUUCCUGCUGGAGGCAGUGUCCAUUCUAGCUCACCAUCACCUAGAGGCAGUGAUCUCCAGCCUCCUCAGCAAACGUCUGCCGAUGGACAGUGACACCACUGAGCUGUGGAGAUCUCUGGGGGGAGACCCCUUGCUUGCCACUCAAGUCCUACAGGUCCUAAUAGAAAAAAUAAAGACUUCAACAAGCCAAGAAGGAAGCGUCACCUCAGAGACUGAAACUGACAGGCAUUUGGCAGCUGCUGAACCUCUCUCAGCAACAUGUGCCAUCUCUGAGGUGGUGUCAGCACUGCAGUCGAGGAAAGCUGUGCAGGAGCUGCUCCCAGAGUUGUUUCCUGUUCUCCUGCAGCAGGUCAGCCGAACCUUAGGCCAAAAGAUGCCUUUGCCAGUGAUAAGCAGCCAGGAGCCAUUCCGAAAAGACCGACAACAUACUGAGGGCAACCCUUGCCGGUUUUCUGUCCAAGCAUUAGAAUCUGUGCUUUUCAAAGUUGGGAAUGCGAAACUGGUGAGACCACUCAGGGAGCAGGGAACAUGGAUUCUGCUUGAAAACCCCCAGACUCACCAUGAGGGAGUGUGUCUGCUGGUGAGUGUUCUGCUAAGAUCUGGACUAAUAACACCUGAAAUCAUCCAGAGCCUCCUCCCCUGGGUGAAUUCCCCGACAGAAAACUACCGAGUCACCGGCACAGCUUUCUUUGCCCAGCUAAUGAGUGAUCCCAUGCUCAGGGAGAAGAAGUUCCUUAAGAGUGUCUUACACAUCUUGGCGGAAAGGUCACAGGAUAGGAACAGCAUUGUCCGUCAGAUGGCUGUAAGAGGCCUGGGAAAUAUAGUCAAUGGGGCGCCUGAGAAGGUGAAAAAGCACAAGAAGAUUCUUCUGGACAUACUGAUCGGGGCCUUACAUGACAUUUUCAGUUCUGAAGUCAUUGGCGAGAGCAUGAAAGCACUGGCCAAAGUCCUGAAGGAGCUGAAAGAGAAGGACAUUGGUUCUUCCUUCAGAGACCUCACCCAACAGAUCCGGACCUACUUUGACGAUGAGGAUGAUGCUCUUCGCUCAAUGGCCUUUGUCCUAUUUGGCAUCCUGGCUCAGCUGACAAAGAAAAAAUGGAAGGCCUAUUUCACCGAGCAGGUUCGAAAGAGCUGGGUCACACUUCUGCUGCACCUGCAAGACCCAAACCUCGAGGUUUCAACGGUCUUUGUUCCUGUCUGUCUCUGCACCCCUGGCCCCUGCCUCCCCAGAACAGAGGAGAGACCACAGCUGUGCCUGGUGAAGCAGCUUUCAUCGGUAUAACUGUUCCCAAAAGACAUGGAUGCUACCUCCAGGUUUCAGUGGAAUCUCUCCCCUCUAUUAGUC